AUGUGCUUUGUGCUGCAAGUAGACGUUGUGUUUCAGAAUGUCGCGAAGGGGGAGUUGGCUCGGAAGGCGGAAUUGCAGCGGUAUUUCGGUGAUUUGCAAGUUUCUGAAUUGGAGCGCCGGCAGCAGCUGCAGCAGAUGUUUAAUGAUGUUGUUUCUUGUGUAGUUGAUUUGACUUACUCAGUCAUAACCGGCCUCCCUUUAUCUCGUUCAGCUGUAUCUGCAGCUUUAAAAGAGCUUGGUUUCUCUGUACGUCUGAAGCAGCCAACAAAGGCACAAGCUCUGCAUGCAGCGCUGCUGCUGCAGCAGCACAACCCGGGGCAGAUACGUCGCCGCCUGAUGAAGCUGACUAUGCUGCUGCCCCUUCCUGCUGCAACUCCUGCUUCUCCCGCUGCUGCUGCUGUUGCUGCUGCUUCCAUGCUGCACUUCAUUCUCCGCGAGUGUGCGGGCUUCAUAGAAUCGCAAGAGCCUACAGUGGAUUGCCUGCUGCAGCAGCAGCUGCAGCAGAAGCAGCAGCAGCAGCAGCAGCAGCAGCACGAUGAGGAGGCAGCUGAAUCAGCAGCAGGGACUAUUCCCUGGCGGGUUGAGUUUCUAGCAUCACCUGGGGUGUAUAGGGAGCUCGAGGAACGAGUUCUUCAAGCUGGGGGCUCUCUUGCUGUAGUUAACUGGAAUUGUUUGUAUGACCCGCAGCAAGAUCAGAAGCUUCUGGAGCAGCAGCGGCAGCAGCAGCAAGAGCAGCAGAAGAUGCUGCAGCAGCUGCAGCAGCAGGAAGAGGAGGCGAAGCAGGAACGUGAAAGAAAAGGCAAAGAGCAGCAAAGACGCGCUGAGAAGGCACAGCACAAACGGUUUGUAAGAAGGCUGCGGCAGCAGCAGCAAGAAGAAGAAGAGCAGCGUCUUGAAGAGCAGCGCGCCAGUGAAGUCAUGAAACAAAAACAGAUUUUGCUGCAGGGGCGUCUGCUGCAGCGGCAGCUAGAGGAGGAGGAGUUUGUAGAAGGAGAGAUGAUACGCAUGCAGCUGCAGCAGCUGCGCGUGCGAGAAGAAGAAGAAGAACGAAGAUUUCAGCAGCAGCAGCAGCAAAAGCGUGAACGCCAGCUAGAGCUCCUGGAGGAGGAGGCAAUGCAACGAGAAGACCCCAAGGUAGACAUGCAAGAAGUCCUGCGGCAGCGGCAGCUGCAGCAGCAGCAGCAGGAAGCAGACACGGGGCAAGCGUUCAUUCGAAGCUUCGGUUUCGAGUCCUUGACUUACGACCCCCCUCCUGUGCAGGCAGCAGUAGUCUGCAGCAGCAGCAGAAGCAGAAGCAGCAGCAGCAGCAGCAGCAAGAGCAGCAAGAACGCAGAGUCCUUGCCUUGCUGCUGCUGCGCGGAGGCUGAGGAUAACAGCUGGCAAGACACGCAAACCCGGGCCCAGCGUAAGGGGCGAGGUAGCAGGAAGCAGCGGCAGCAGCAGCAGCAGCAGCAGCGGAGGCCGCUGCUGCCUGCUGGCAACAGCAGCAGCAGCUAUCCCCGAAACCCCUGCCCUCUUCAUGCCUCCACCUGCAGCCAUCCUCCAGCUAACAACGCAGAAGAGUUAGCAGAGGCUUCCAAUGAACAAAAGCAGCACAAGAAGCAGCAGCAGCGCCGCCUACAGCGACAGCAGCAGAAGCAGCAACAGCAGCAGAAAAAACGCCAGCAACCGCAACCGCAACAGCAGCAGCAGCAGCAGCAGCAGCAACCGGAAUUCGAAGACAGCUUGACAAGGGAUGCUUUCAGUCUCCUUUGCCGAGACAUGCCGCCGCCACCACCGCAGCAGCAGCAGCAGCAGCAGCGGCAGCAGCCGCAGCUGCAGCAGCAGCAGCAGCCGCAGCGGCAGCUGCAGUUCUGGGAGCCUUUGGUUGUUGAUCCGCCGAGCCCGCAGCAGCUGCAGCUGCAGCAGCAACAGUUGCACCAGCAGCAGUUGCAGCAGUUGCAGCAGUUGCAGCAGCAGCAGGCUCUGCGGCAGCAGCAGCAGCAGCAGCAGCAGGCGCAGCUGCAGGCACAGCAGCAGCAGGCACAGCAGCAGCAGGCACAGCAGCAGCAGGAGCAGCAGCAGCCUCGUGGGUUUAGAUGUCGCUGUUGCAAGGAGGCAAUGAAAGAUGCUGUGGAGCUGCGCGUACACUGCAGGAGCAGCAGACACGCAGCAAACCUGAGGAGACAGCUGAGCUCGCUGCCUCCCCUCACUGAAGAGCAGUGGCAAGAAGUGCAGUUUGAUGAAGACUUAAUCGCUGGAGGCGUUUCAGAGUUAGUUGCUGCUGCUGCUGUUGCAGCAACAGCAGCAGCAGUAGCAGCAGCAGCUUUAGCGCCAGCACCAGCAGCAGGAGGCUGCUGGCGUCGAGCUCAGAGGCUGCAGUUUUGUUUGUUUUAG